GGAAUAAAAUGUGCUACAUUUGUUUACUUCCUGUAUCAUCAUGCCGGGAGAAGAUGCGUCUGAGGACAAGGACAAGUCCAUCCAGCAUAUUGCUGCGAUAAGCUUUGGGGUAAUCUGCAUUGUUAUUGGAAUACCCUUAUGGUGGAAGACAACUGAGGUGUAUCGAGUGAGUCUGCCAUAUUCAGAGAUAGCAGAAUUAUCAAAUACUAAGUUUCAGUUCACAGUUGACAUUGAUGUUUUAAAUCUGGAAACGUCUUGGACUGAUAAGGAUCUGACAGACUUGUCCAAGCUUUUGAAGGCAAACCUAGACGGAGACAGGAAACAGGGAGCAAUUUUUCCUAAAUACAGAGUGACAGUCAGACAAGGGGGAGAGAACCAGAUAAGUGAUGCAAACUCCAUUAAAACUCUGACAGAACUGGAUGAAUAUUUCCAUGGAGAGGAGUCAACCAUCAAUAAAUACAUGAUUGUCCUACUGCCAUCUAACAAUGCUGUGGUUAAAGUACCUACUGUGGGAAACUACAGGGCAGUAUUUUUACCUGUAAGGAAUGUAGAUUUGAAGACAGUUUCUACCAAGAUUACAGGAGUUCUUCAUGAUGUUCUGAUAAGGGAAAAAGGAGGACAGAACACAAAUGUGUCCUCUGUUAAUGGCUGUGCGAUUAACAACACAGAUGUCCCCAUUUUUGUUUUCUGCUAUUGCAUAAGGGAAGAAAAACAAAGGAGUUUUGUCAUCUUCCUCAAACUGGAUAAAGAAAGCAUGAGAUCUCUUCACUAUCAUCAAGGAUACGACCUUUUAUUCACUUUGGUGAACCCACAACCUGAUAUCCUGAAUGUUGAUUGGUCAAUCAAGGAGGCUAUAGCAGCUUACUUGAAUCCUUUAGCCAAUCAACUGUCUGAAUAUAUUAGCCUGGACACCAAAUCACAAAUGAUAUUUUUCACUGGAUUAAGAAGGAAACCCAAGAAGGGCAGUGAAGACUCUGGUUACUACUAUGAGGAGAAAGAUUUACCCCACACAAUUAAUCCACUGGAGGCCAAGUUAGGAUCCCAUGCCUCCAAUAAUCCCAUGUUGAAUUUCAUUGUUUACAUUCCAAGUAGAGACCAAAGCCCCCUUCACAUUGUUGACAAAAAUGGUAAACCUGUGAAGACCAACUCGUUUCUGAGCCCCCAGUGGGGAGGGAUAGUGAUUCUGAACCUCCCUUCUCCCCCUCCUAAUUCCUCCCUCCCUGUUCAUGCUGAAGUGGACAUGAAGACGGUGAUGGAAGUUUUCCUGACACAACUACGGCUUCUCAUGGAUUUUAGUGUUCAGGAAGUAAAGGAUGUAAAGGUCAGAGAAGUAGAAAAUCUUGUCAUAAGAGAAUGGGAACUGGACAACUGGUUAAGAAAGAAAUGUACAGAGAAUCUGGCUACCUCGAUAUCCACUCUUCAGUCCCUGACAGCUUUGUUAGAGGGCAUCAGUAAUAUAGUUAUACAGGAUGAUAUCGGACAGCAGGUGGAGAAUGCAGUGAAUGGCAUUAAAGAGAAACAAGUUAACUUUAAGUAUAUUUUACUGUAUAUAGACAUUUAUACCAAACAUAUUAUUUUGCUUUCAGAGAAAGCAUUCUUUGAUCCGUCCCUGUUAGAGUUAUUAUACUUCCCAGAAGAUCAAAAGUUUGCCAUAUACAUACCUCUCUUCCUGCCGAUUGGUCUACCAAUUCUUGGAUCCCUAUUUAAAGCAUACAAAUGGAUCAAAUCAAAAAGGAAACAGAAGUUAAAGACAGACUGAUACCUUUGCUCUGUGAAUUGUCUUU